GUAAUAAAUGGGCAGUUGUUGUUAAUUGUUAUGGUUUAACACAAAAUCCAUCAAAUGGAAAUUAUAUGCUUGUAAUGAAUAAAAUGGAUAUAGAUUUAAGAAAAUAUUUACGACAAAAUCAUAAUCAACUUACAUGGAAAGAUAGAAUUAAUAUUUCUUAUAGAAUAAUUCUUGCACUUAGUUAUAUUCAUGAUGAGAAAGCAGUUCAUAGAGAUUUACAUUCUGGAAAUAUAUUAUAUUCAAAAUUUAAUGAUCGGUGGUUUAUUAGUGAUCUUGGAUUUUGUGGACCUGCUGAUAAAUCUUCAACAAGUAUAUAUGGAAAUCUUCCUUACAUAGCACCCGAAGUUAUUGUUGGAAGAGAAUAUACUUUAGCAUCUGAUAUUUAUAGUAUAGCAAUUCUUAUGUGGGAAAUUUCAUCUGGACAAACACCAUUUAUAAAUUAUGAACAUGAAAAUGAUAUUGUAAUGAAUGUUAUUAACGGUAUAAGACCAAAAAUUGUGCCAGGAACUCCAUUAGAAUAUAAAAAUUUAAUGAAAGAAUGUUGGGAUGCUAAUCCAUUAAAAAGGCCUGACACUUAUGCACUUGGGAAAAAAAUGUUAAGAAUUAAUAUAGAUUAUCAAAAUAUGCCAGAUGAAUUAUUUAAAUCAGAAAUAGAUAAUUUAAAAGUGAAUAAAGUAGAAGAAAAUUAUACGAGUAGCAGAUUAUUUACAAGUAAAAUUCACAACUUUGGAAAUCUACCUGAACCGAGAAAUGCAACAGAAGUGUUUCAUAGUAAAUUGUAUGAUUUUAACAUUCCUAACAAUAUUAACGAUUUUAAUGGAUCAAAUAAGCAGUAUAGUAAGAAAUUAUCAAGUAUAAUUAAUAAAUAUUUUAAAGGUGAUAGAGAAAAAUUACCCAAAGAAUUUAUAAAGUUACAAAUAAAUUCAAAUAAUGAAGACGAAGUAUAUAAUAAUCCAAACUUUCAUUCAAAAGAACAAGAUGAAUUGGAAAUUCCUGAUGAUGGAUUUUGAUUUUUUUUUUAUAUUUUAAAUUAUUAUCAUUAUCUUUUUAUCUUGGAUUAUUUAAACACUAAGACUAGAUAGAGUAGUAAAAUGUUUUACAAAAUUCUUAGUUUGUAAUUUAAAU